CUCUUAAAACAUAGUAUUUGUUAUGAGAUAAGAAAUCUUACUUCCCCACGAAGGUAGAUCCAUAUAAAUCUUUUAAUACCAGUUGUGAAAGUGGAGCUAUAAAAGCCUUUACAGGUGAAAUUGUUCUUUUUUUUUUUUUUUUGUCUGGAAAAUUUGCUGAAUCUGCAAGCAAAGGCAUCAGCACAUCUAUUGAUCAUUCAACAGAUUCCAGCAAUCACACAGUAAAAAAGUGUGUUAAAAUGAUAACUCGAAUGUUUGGAAUUUCAACAAGACCAAAUAAUUGUUGUAGAUAAAUUUUGCUUAUGGUCCUUUUUUUUUAAGUUACAUUUUAGUCCAUAAUUUUUAAAUUGUUCUAGGCGUAAUAUUUACCAGUUGUAUUAAAAUUGACGUAUUAUUUAUAAAAUUACUCGAAUAAUUGUUGAGAUAUUACAAUAUUUUAUUAGUAUGAACAAACAGCAAAUGCUAUUUCCUGUACGUUCACAAACACUCUAAUUUUUCUCUGAGAUUCUAUCAUUUUCAUUCUCUCAAAUUUUCUCUUCUUCGAUUUGCCUCCACCGCCAAAAACAAUCUCGAUUUAUACGUUUAAGUCGAUGAGACAACCAAAAAAGAAGAAAUUUCAACCAAUUAUUUAUUUAUUUUUGCUUUAUUUAAAGUGUUAAAAAUUUGUUCCGAUUAAUUCUUACCUUGAUCAGAGGGUCAGCAACAAAUCCAACGGCUCACUUAUGAGAGAGCACGAUAAAAGUAUCGCUCUUUAACCCCUUUAGAAUUUUGAUACCAAAGCUUUCUUCUUCUUCUUUUCUUCUUCUUCUUUUUAAUUUAAUUAGUAUGUAUAUUAGUUCCCUCCCUCUUCUUGGCCGAUCGCCCUUCAAACGAUCAAAUCAGAAAGAGAAAGAAAGAAGAAAAGCCUUCCACUUUCCGUUUCAAAAGAAAUUACUACUACUAUAUAAACUUGUGUUCUUUCGAGUUGUUUUAAGAACAAUUUGAUCAACGGAGAGUAAUUUUCAUGAGGACGUAGCUUUACCUCGAACGGUCGAAGAAGCAAUAUCCAUAAUCUUUCGUGAGUAAAAUCAACAGCCACUUACCAACUCCACGAGAUGUGCUCUAGCUAAAAAAGGUGAAGAAGCAGCUUUAAGAAUACUAGAGACAAUUCAACGGUCGACAAUCCGUUAUUCAUUUGAUGGAUUUGUUAUUUAUAUGAUACGAAACGAACGUAACAACGGCUCUCCUCAAAAACGGCCAAGUCCUUCUUCUUCUCAUGUAAACUGGAGCCCCCUUUCUUCUCCGGUUAAAACUAGCCGACAUAUAAUGGAUUCUCUAGUUAAUUUAAGGGGAGAUGAUGAUGUUAUUCAGACCCCAAUCGCUCCUGCUUUGAAUUUUGCAUCAAACGUCGUCGUAGAAGAAAAGUUUAGUUCACAGUUGAUGGCUUUGGGGGAGCUUGAGUUUAGAAAAGCGUUCCUUGUUUUAAGUUACAUUGGCUCGGAGAGGUUGGAAGAAGUAACUACUGCUGAUAAAAUUCGAAGAUUAAAAGAUUUGGCCAUGGAUAAGUUUGAGGAAGAGGUCUGGGUUUCUCUGGGCCGACAGUAUGUCACUCCGGCUGAUCGUCGUAAGUCACUUGAGUGGGAGUCUGGAAAGACGUACGAAUACCAUUGUCAUGUCUCUGAAAAUGGGAGUUGUAGGUUCAAGGGUCCUUAUGUGGACAAGACUAGUAGAACUCACUUACAAAGGGUUUUAGGAGAUGAUAAUGUUCUGAUCGUAAAGUUUGCAAGCGUCUCGGAUGGUAAAAGUUCAGGUGACAAUGAUUGUUUUGCUGAGUACAGCAAAAUUGCGAAAAGAGGAAUCCUUGUUGGUUUGCGUUGUUACCGGUUUUUUGAUGUACUCCUUCGUUGUAGAUUGAAUAAGAAGAAGAGUGAUAACUCUUUUUCUAUAAAGGUAUGGCAUGAGAAAAGUCACAAAGAGGUGAUGCUCCAACAAACCUUUCAAAACAAGUCUGCAACCUUUGAAACUAGUUUACUAGCACAAAAAGUGUUCAAUGGAGGCAAAAAAGCAAGAAAGAAAGACCCAACUUCCUCAUCUGUUAGGUGCUUAUUUGUUCGAUUCGAGUCAGAUGCAUCUGUUGAUGAUGGUAAAGAUUAUGUUUUAUCUGGGAAAACAAUUCAAGAAGCCAGACGUGUGUUUAUGCAUGUCCAUACCCUCUCAAAUAUAGCCAAGUAUAUGGCCAGAUUUUCACUAAUCUUGUCAACAACCAUGAAGCUGGAAGUUGAUUUAGCUGAUGUAAAUGUUGACACGAUAGAAGAUAUACAAUGCCAGGACAAAGAUGGAAAUUCUGUUUGUAAUAAAGACGGGGAACCUUGCAUUCACACAGAUGGAACUGGUUAUAUAUCAGAGGAUUUGGCUUUGAAAUGCCCAAAGAAUGUUUUUGAAGGAAGCAUUGUGAAUGGUGACAAUGUUGAGGGGAAGUUUUCGGGCAUGAAUUCGACAGAAUCUGACCAUAGGGUACCGCCUUUGCUGAUCCAGUUCCGCCUCUUUAACAAUGGUUCUGCUGUGAAGGGAACCUUACUUGUCAAUAAAAAGCUUCCACCUAGAACCAUUGAGAUACGGCCUUCCAUGAUUAAAGUUAAGUCAGAUCCAAAUCUGUCAAAUAUCUGCACAAGGAAUACAUUGGAAGUAGUUGCAACAAGCAAUCAGCCAAAGAAGACUUCUCUUUCAAGGAAUAUGAUUGCGCUUCUUAGCCAUGGAGGUGUCCCGGAUGACUUUUUUAUGGGCAUAUUGAAGAAUGCUAUAGAAGAGUCACACGGUGUUUUCUCCAAUAAACGUGCAGCUCUUAAAGUUUCUCAUCACCGUGGUGGCAUGGAUGAUGUCAGUGCAAUGAUUUUAUCAGGGAUUCCCCUUGAUGAAUCAUAUUUGCAACAUCGGAUGUCAAUAAUGUUAAAUGAAGAAAGGAAGGGUCUCCUAGGAGGAAAACUUCCUAUCACCGAGUCUUAUUAUUUAAUGGGUACUGUUGAUCCGUCUGGAGUACUAGAAAGUGAUGAAGUCUGCAUUAUAUUGGAUAAUGGACAGAUUUCUGGGAAAGUUCUAGUGUACCGCCAACCUGGUGUACAUUUUGGAGAUAUACAUGUUCUAAAUGCUAGAUAUGUGGAAUCCUUGGAGGAAUUUGUAGGACAUGCCAAAUAUGCUAUAUUCUUUCCCUGUAAAGGCCCGCGCUCUUUGGCUGAUGAGAUGGCUGGGGGUGAUUUUGAUGGUGAUAUGUAUUUUGUAUCAAGAAAUCCCCAGUUAUUGAAUUACUUCAGAGUGAGUGAACCUUGGAUGGGAAAUUCUUCUACUUUUGGAGUGUCUAGUAAAGGACCAAGUGAGCUCUCAGAUGGGGAGCUGGAGGAUGAGCUCUUCAAAUUAUUCCUGAGAACUAGGUUUCGGCCAAGUUAUGCCACGAGCCUUGCAGCUAAUAAUUGGCUUGCAAUAAUGGAUCAAUUUCUUACACUAGAAGAUAGUAACUCUUGUGAGAAAGCUCUUCUGAAGAAAAACCUGCUACGAUUGAUUGAUUUAUAUUAUGAGGCUCUGGAUGCACCAAAGACAGGAAAAGAGAUUGAAGUUCCAGAAGACUUGAGAGUAGCUGGAUUUCCUCAUUAUAUGGAACGGGAAAAUUCUUUCAAAUCAACUUCCAUAUUGGGGAAAAUGUAUGAUUUUUUCAAAUCAUAUCGAGAAGAAAUGUCGAGGAAAGUUAAAGAAGUUCGGAAGCUCCCUUGCUUUGAUGUUGGCUUUCCUGAAGAUUGCGGAGAAAAGUGGACUGAACUAUGUAAGCAGUACAGGAAGGACAUGACGCAUGCUCUGGAUGGCAAGAGCAAAGAAAUGAGAGAAGAGGCUGCUAAAGCAGUUUAUAACGAAUACAAAGAGAAAUUGUACGGUGCUACAGAAUUUGAGCAGAGACAAAAGCCUCUAGAUCAAAUCUAUAAAGAGGCUCUUGCCAUUUAUAACAUUUCCUAUGAUUAUGCCAUUAAAAUAGAUGACGUGAGCAAAUGUGGAUUUGCUUGGAAAGUUGCCGGCUCAGCCCUCUUAAGUUUGUAUGCCUCAGAACAGAAAUGUCGAGAUAGUGUGGGGGACCGUAGUUUUUGGCCUUUUCAAGCCAAAAGAAAUGCAUAAGGUAGGCAGGCAAUAGGCGUCACGAAACUUAUCAUAACCCGCCAGGUCCAGGCGGCUGUCGAAGAAUCAAUUGGUUGUAAGUUUUAACUUGUAGCUUGUUUGCUAUCUACUUUUCAAGUCUUAUCUAAACCCAUCGGUUAUUAGUAGCUUUAUGUCUUGUCAGAUAAAGAAAACAAAAAUAAAAUUGAUGAAACAAAGACAAGAAAGUGAAACAUGUCAAGAGAGGAUAGAAAAUGUGCAAAAGAACAAAACAAAACUGAAUGGUCCUGAAAGG